AUGAAGCGCGGCGAUGAGGCGCACACCCGUGAACGCCUGCAGGAAGUCCUGGACGCGGCGGCUGUGAAGCACCCGCCUCGGUUUCCUGUGGUGCCUGGUGAGUCGCAAGCCAUGCAGUUCGAAAUUUGGGCUGCGAAGCACAUGAUUGAGGCAGGACUUGCGAAGCCUUUCUGUGCUAAUAUGAAGCACGUCACGGCGCAGCCAGCUUAUGCACCUACUGACGCGGACCGCGAGGCUGAGGCGUUUAAAAAAUGGCUUGACACGUGCGACUCUUUACGGGCAUCGACGUCUUCCGCCUCGACUGACGACGAGAUCGCGAGUCUAUAUGGUGCGGCGAGAACAGUCAGGGCCAAGAUCCACGGCCCUCAAAAAGGUGAGCCUGCCGGUGUGUUGCAUGAGAUCGACGAUAGCGGCCACAUCACUGUCGGCGCGGACGCGGUCGCGCGCGAACUGUGUAAAUGCCACUUACUCAAAAGCCGCAUUAUGCGCGAUACGCUGGGCCUCGCGUCUGCUCUCGACGAGGAGAAUUGCCACCAGAUGAAGGAGCAAGUACGCUGUGCCCAGUCUUUGUGCCACCCUUUCAGGGUCACGGUCGCACAGCUCGACGAUUACCUGGCUCGGGCGAACCCUGAGGUGCGUGGGGUCACGGGUAUCCGCAUGAAGGUGCUGCAGUCGCUCUCGCCUAGUUUGAAGGAGGACCUUGCUGCGUGCUACAACAACGACCUGCGCCAGCUGGAGACCAACCCUGUCUACAACCUCGGCGGUGUGGUCGAGGAACGUUGGGUGCGUCAGGUAGUUGAACUACUACGAAAGUCGAGCUCUGUCGCCUCGAUAAAAAAGAUACGCACCAUCAUACGCGGUUCGUGCACGUUGCGGCCUCUGAGCGGUAUCCUUGGCCAGCAAGUUUUAGCUGAGGCACAAUCCUCCGGCGUCUUGGGAGCUGAAACACUAGGCGGCAGACCCGGCAUCGGCCGGCUCUGCGCUUGGCUCCGCUGGGCUCAAGAGGUGCUGUCCCUACGGGCUGGCGAAAUGUGGCUGCAUUUAGACACCGACCAGCAAAACUAUUUCAACUGUCAGCUACUCGGCGACGUCAUACAGCAGUUGGCUCGUUGCCUCGUCCACCCAACUGCGAUCCUCUUUUUCUUCUUUAUCAAUCUGAAGAAGAGCCUCUUUUUACGCAACGGCAAGCACUACGCGCGCGUCUCAUGUCACGCAGAAGCCGCACAGGGGUCGGCGGAAGUGAUGGCGUCAGGGAUGUCUCUUGUCACUCUAUCACUCAGACGCACCAAGCGGCUUCUUCGAGGAUGCUACGACACUUCCACUGGGAGACUAUCCCGCGAGCACAUCCUCCGCGCGCGCGCUGACGCCUUGGAUGACAUAGCGGACGACAAGGCGUCCGACCCCAGUAUAUGGCCGCUCUAUUCUAUCCAGAAUGGCAACGUGUCGGACCAUCAUAUCCGUGGCGGUGGCUACCGCGAUCACGGUGUCUUGUUUGUCGGACCUCUCCCGCAAACGAGGAGGCCAGCCGGUGCCGAGGACGAAGAUGCGGGCGGAUAUUGUGUCUACGUCUCGUCAUCUGUCGUCGCCUAUGUCGACGACCAAAGCAUCGCCUUCAAUUUUCUUCUGAUUGACGUGACCAACGGCAGCCUGACUUUGGUGCUUGACGCCUUGAAGGGCUUAACCGUCCACAUGUACAACAGCACUAGACAGUACAUCGCUGCGGCAAAGUUCGAAGGCUUCUUAAAAGGUAGCGGCGUGAACGCCGGCAAGGUGAUUUGCCCCGACAUGGUCCGCCACGUGCGUGAGCUAGUCGAAAAAACUUUCACGCCAUUCGGACUCCGGAUCAACAUGAAAGAUUCGCUGACGGUGCUGGGCUGCCCCAUCUCUUCUGCGUUCUCGCUUGGCGUUGGCGAAUCCUUAUGGAAACUGGCGCAGCAACGUUUGAGAUUCGCACACAUCAAAGUGCGCCGAGUUUUGGCGUCUUCGAAUUGGAUGACUUCGGGGAAAGGGCUGCGCAUGUUGCUCCUAUGGGCCUUUGUGACGCCGAUAAUCGACAUCGUAGCGGCCGGCGUCGCAGUAUGGGACGUUGCCCGCUGGUCUAAGUUCAACUACGAUUUCGCGACUGCCGUAGCCGAGUCGCUUGGCCUUCGGCCCCAUCAGAUAGCUGCACUCCGUCGCGCGAAUUCUUUGCACAAGACCCAGCUCCACUUUAUAAUUUGUUCGUCAAGUUUCCUCGCCAUCGUGGAGCCUUACCUUCUCGGCGUAAAGUGCACCCGCACCGCGGCCGCCAAGUUCGUGGCCACUACUGGCAGCGCCGAGCUGUUGGAGUACAUGACUUGCCGACCUGUCCUGAGCCUGCUCGCCACAGAUGGGGACGGCGCGCAGUUUUUUGAAGACAUGGCGACUGCCGACACCACUCUUCGGAAGUCCGUCAGCCUCGCGCGUCUCCGCCCGCUGCGCGUCGAUGAAGCUGCGGCACCUGAGCCGUACCUACGUUGUAGGCUUUUUCACCGCGCCGACGCUAGUAGACGAUGUCUAGCCGCUACUGGGAUUCCGUUCCCAAAGUCCCAGAACAUUCCCGGCAGAUUUGCGGGCGCUUUCGGGUUCUGGACGCCAGGUUUCGUUAUCAUCACCAACGAGCUGGGCGCAUCCGUGUAUGACGUCAGAAGCGGCGUGCUGACCUAUGUGGCGAAUGUCGACGACUCGGCUACGAAGGUGUCCACCUGUGAUGAUAAGAACGACCAGGACCGAUCUGCUUUUGCGGUCGCUGUGCUUUUGAAGAAGCUGGCUCUUCGAGGACACAUCGUCGACGCGGAUGCGAACCUCCAGGCUACUACCUACUCUGACAAGGGCACUAUAGUUGUGGUGUGUGGAUUGUGCCUGAAGACAGUCAAAGACUCGGCCGCGGGUACUGAGUUGUGGUCCACGCUAUCUGAUUUGUUUCCGGGGCAGGUGCGUUUCGUCGGAGAGCAUGACUCGGCGCGGAUCGCUGAACUUUACGAAAUGGAUGGGGUUUCUCGUGUCGAAGCUACUCGGAUGCCAUCCACUAUCAACUACGUGCCGAACGUCUUGGAUAUCGCAGGAAGAGAAGGGCAACGAUACCCAAUGCGAGAAAUUAGGUGCCCGCUUAACUUACAAGGUGACUUUCCGGACAAACUUAACUACAACCACACGAAGAACAAGCUUAGCUCACUCAUCGACAUAACCAGCAUAGACAUCAAGGAUUUGCAAUGCACGAUCGUGCAAGCUCUUUUUUCGCGUUCUGAUCCUAAGUUCCCUCGUGUUUUGAUUUACGUACUUAGCACUUCUUGA